AUGCACAAGUUCUCUUGUUAUCUUCUCCUUCUAUUAUCAUUCCUUUAUUUUCCUCUGGCUCUUUCAUGGAGUCAAAACACUCAAUUUAACCAAGCUGAGAACUAUGAGGGUUCUUCAGACCUUGUUAACCUCGAGUACCACAUGGGUCCUGUCCUUGCAUCACCUAUCAAUCUGUACAUAAUUUGGUAUGGUCACUGGAAUCCAACCCACCAAGCCACCAUAAGGGACUUUGUCUAUUCCUUGUCUUCUUCAGCUCCUUACCCUUCUGUUGCUGAUUGGUGGAAAACUGUCAGGCUCUACACUGACCAAACAGGAUCAAACAUCACAGGUAGCAUUUCCCUUUCAGGAGAGUUUUAUGACUUGAGAUAUUCCCAUGGUGUUUAUCUAAGUCGUUUGUCAAUGCAAUCCAUCAUCAAAACUGCAGUCACUUCCUAUCCAAGGCCACUGCCUCUCAAUCCUCGCAAUGGCCUCUAUUUGGUGCUAACUUCUUCUGAUGUCCAGGUUGAGGAUUUCUGCCGGGCAGUCUGUGGGUUUCAUUACUUCACCUUCCCAACCAUUGUUGGUGUAACAGUUCCCUAUGCCUGGAUCGGUUACAGUGGAACUCAAUGUCCAGGAAUGUGUGCCUAUCCAUUUGCCUGGCCUAAGUACUCAGGGAAGCCACCACCAAGCACAAAUGGAGGCAACGACAUAAUGCGUGCGCCAAAUGGGGAUGCAGGAGUCGAUGGAAUGAUCAGUGUUAUGGCUCAUGAGCUAGCAGAAGUUUCAAGUAAUCCACUGGUUAAUGCAUGGUAUGCAGGAGAUGAUCCAACUGCACCUACCGAAAUUGCAGACUUGUGUCUAGGUUUGUAUGGCUCUGGUGGUGGCGGUGGGUAUGUGGGUAAAGUUUACAAGGAUUCUUGGGGGAACGGGUACAAUGUGAAUGGAGUCAAGGGAAGAAAAUUUUUGGUUCAAUGGGUGUGGAAUCCUGUGAAAAGAAGAUGCUUUGGGCCUAAUGCCAUGGAUUAGAAGUGUACUACGUACAGCACUUUAGACUGUUUGCUAUUUAGUUAUGGACGAGGCAGCGAGAAGGCCCGAGGAAUCAUAAGGGGUUGGUCGGCAUGGCAAUAGAAGGAGUGAGCUGCCUUGCUGCUAAAUAUUGUAUUUUAAGAAAGAGUGACAGAGAUGAGGAUGAUCCUUUGUUUGUUUAACUCGAUACCUUUUGUGUAUGCUAAAAGGAUGUAGUGAAAACCGCCGUCCACCAUGUUAGGCACCGAAU